CAACCACAUUCACCAUGGCAGAUGUUUUGCCCAUGCGUGUGAUGCCUAUGGUGUCUCCCAUACCGAAGGGUGCUUCGAAAUCUGCGCGGCCGAAGCGCAUCUCUUUCCUAGAUCUUCCCGGCGAGCUGAGGAACUCGAUCUAUGCUCUGGUUGUCGAAAUUCCUGAUCCGCUGUUGAUCGCAGGAGUUGAACGUCCGGCCCUAUAUCGUCGUCCUGGAGAUGGGAAUCAUGCUUUGACAGCCUCGGAAUCUCAGACUCACUGUACUACUGAUUGCUACACAGGGACUGGAAGGUUAGAUCCUACAUGUCUAUUGAGCACGAACCAUCCCUGUAUUGAUCUCUUCCUGAGCUGCCGCCAAAUUUACCACGAGGUUGCUUCUGUGUUCUUCGUGAACAACACUUUUUCCAUCAUCCGAGAAACACACUUCCACGAUUGGAGAGGCUUUUCCUUCGCGGCUCUUCAUUCUUGGCUUCUGCAAAUGGGGUCUCAAAGGCACAUGCUUCGAAAGAUCGGGAUCGGUGUCGAAACGCUCUGUCCUGAAAGUUGUGACCAGGAAGACACAAUUGCACACAACUUGGACUUGGAGACGCUGACUGUUGAUCUGUGGGCUGUUGUGGGAGCCAUGUGGAGCUCUCAGAUUUCAGCCAAGAUUUCGUUACAAUAUCAACCGCCGCUUCUAGCGGGUAGAAAUACUGGUUACCAUCACCUUACUUAUGAUCGUCGACACUACGAUUUUGCGGCACUCGAAAGGCUCCUUGAAGCAAUCAUUCAGGAAGAUAGCCUCCACAUUCGAAGAUACGCGCGACUCAUAAGACAUAUAUAUGUCAAUCCUCAAGGUAAUGAAGGUGUUGUCCUCUACGUGUCGAGCACCAAACAUGAGUGCGACGAUAAAGGGUGGGAUUUCAGACCCUCCCGCUAUCACGCUUGCCUGGAUAACCGUCAGUACUUCUCAAUAGAGUCGGGUUCAGCAAUUCGGAUCAAGAGGCAUCAUCCGACCUUGCUCACUUUGCCGGGCCAUCUACGUAACGAUAUUUUUGGGCGCGUCCUCUACCCUCAGGGCAUCACCCACGUGGAUGUGGAUACAACAGGCCCCAUUGCUCUUGUUGCGCCAGGUUUGCGGUUUGUGAACAAAGAACUAUACGAGAGUUAUGACAUAGGGUGCUUCUGGUGGGAUAGCCCUCUCGUUCUCAGUACAUCUGUAGACUGUGACAAACCGUCUUCCACCAACUUCGCCGGUCUUCGUCGUUGGUUUUCUGCUGGAGCUAGUCAAAUGUUACCCUAUCGCGGACGAAUAACCGCUUCAAUGAAGAGUACGCCGGAUAUCAUAAUCCACUUGAACGUCCAGGUCCCAGGUCUAUGGUCAUCGGUAAAAUCGCUGGAGGCCAAUGCCAAUCCGAAAUGGGAGUUGAAAAAGCUGAGACUGGAUAUCCGAGAAUUGAUACUCGUUACGGCCCAUCUUCCCGCAUUCAUGGCGCGUAAUCGUACACAGGAUCACCAGCAAGUAACCAUUGAGCUUGCAAUAUGGAAAGCAGACCAAAAAGGGAGAAGCCAAGUACGCGCGAAACAUGAGUUCUCGCUCUCGGACUUACGCACCAACGUAAUGCGUGGUAUAGCCUGUCUGACCGCAGUACAUGGACUAGACAGGAAGGCACAAUGUCCGCAGAUUUUCAUCAACGGAUAUGGCGAGGCUGUGGGAUAUUCAUGUUGGCGUUCUGCGGUCUCUGCGUACGAUGUGCCACCAGUCCCGUUCAAUAUUCUCGAUACGGGCUUUGAUUGGGAUUCGGCAUUGGAAGAACACAAGAGGCCCUAUAGGUUAUUUGAUGGUUCCAUAGCGUGUUACGCUGACUACCUGUGGCGUGUGUUCACAGGCGGAGAUCCUGAUGAGUGCGCAAAGAUGGUCUUCUGCCUGCGUGAGGAUUGAUAACCAUGGGCCAAUUGUGCGCAUCAUGUCUUUCAAUUUGAUCCGAUCUCAGUGUUCGGGUUGAGGCUCGGCCGAUAGAAUGCGAAAUUGCGAAUAAACCCAGACACACGACAAGGAGUGGGUAUAGUGAUAUAGCUGUGUUUAUGCACGUUCAGUUUAUAGCAACACAGAUCUUUGGAAUAGACAUGGAGCUUGUAGACGAUGAUUUCCAAAAAGCAGAUCAGUAUGCGAAACGCCAUCGUCAAUCAAGCUUUAUACAUUAUCUACUACUCGUUGUGCGGCAUUAUCUUUCCGACAAUACAUAUUAAGGACUACCC